GGGCCACAAUUAGCCAGCCCUUCAUCUUUUGUUCCCAUGCUAAACUCCAAUUCCUAAGAAUCUCUCUUUCCCUCCCAUAUCAUUUCUGUUCCCUUUUUCUUUUCUCUUAUCUCAACAUUUUCUUCUCAUGGCAAUGGAGGUUUCGAAAUCUCUCCAUUUUCCCCUUUCUCUUCUUUUUCUUCUUCUUCCUCUUCUCUUCAUCAUUGUCGAUGCUCGUUCGAGCUCGUUUGGUGUCGGUAAUGGUGGUAACCAUGAGAAGGGUCUUCUUCAGCUUUUUCAGAAUUUUCCAUGGAAGGAGCAUGGAGAAGCUGUUGUUAAUUGCAUCUUUCAGAAGCCAAAGAUAACGAAGGGAAUAACGACAUUGGAAAUGAAACAAAGAGAUUACUGUUCAGGCAAAAUAACGGAUUUGGAAAAGAUUUUUCAAAACCGUAUCAUCCUCGACGCCAUUAACGUCAAUUCCCUUCUUUCACAUGUCAAAUCCGCCAUUUUUCCCGGCCAGACUCACCAACUCUCCGAUUCCCAAAUCCCCAUUUCCUCCGGCGCCAGACUCCAAACCCUAAACUACAUCGUCACCGUCGGCAUAGGCGGCCAGAAUUCCACUCUCAUCGUUGACACCGGCAGCGAUCUCACUUGGGUUCAAUGCCUCCCUUGCCGCCUUUGUUACAACCAACAAGAACCCCUCUUCAAUCCCUCUAAUUCCUCUUCCUUUCUCUCCCUUCCUUGCAGUUCCCCCACCUGUUUGGCUCUUCAACCCACCGCCGGAAGCUCCGGCCUCUGUUCUAACAAAAACUCAACUUCCUGCGAUUACCAGAUCGACUACGGCGAUGGGUCUUACUCCCGUGGGGAACUCGGAUACGAGAAGCUGACUUUAGGUAAAACUGAGAUUGAUAAUUUCAUAUUCGGAUGUGGCCGGAAUAACAAAGGAUUAUUCGGCGGAGCUUCGGGAUUAAUGGGUUUGGCUAGAAGUGAAUUAUCUUUGGUUUCUCAAACUUCCUCUGUUUUUGGUAGCAUUUUUUCUUACUGUUUACCAACAACUGGAGUUGGAUCUUCAGGUUCCUUAACAUUGGGGGGAACCGAUUUCUCAAGUUUCAAGAACAUUUCACCAAUUUCCUACACAAGAAUGAUUCAAAACCCACAAAUGUCGAACUUUUACUUUCUGAAUCUGACUGGAAUUUCAAUCGGUGGGGUUAAUUUGAAUGUGCCUCGUUUAUCUUCAAACGAAGGGGUUUUGAGUUUACUCGAUUCAGGAACAGUGAUUACAAGGCUAUCUCCAUCGAUUUACAAAGCUUUCAAAGCAGAAUUUGAGAAACAAUUUUCUGGGUAUCGAACAACACCAGGAUUUUCGAUUCUUAAUACUUGUUUUAAUCUAACAGGGUACGAAGAAGUGAAUAUUCCUACUGUGAAAUUUAUCUUUGAGGGCAAUGCAGAGAUGAUUGUUGAUGUUGAAGGGGUUUUUUAUUUUGUGAAAUCUGAUGCUUCACAGAUUUGUUUAGCGUUUGCGAGUUUGGGUUAUGAAGAUCAGACGAUGAUAAUUGGGAAUUAUCAGCAGAAGAAUCAAAGGGUUGUUUAUAAUUCUAAAGAAUCUAAAGUGGGUUUCGCAGGGGAGCCUUGCAGUUUUUAAGAACUUUUCCCGGAAAAUGGUUGAUUUUCCCAGAAAAUUUGAUUGGACUUGAGAAAUAGUGAGGUUGAUUAUUUUUAUCGUAGUGGGUUGGGUUGGGUUGGAUUUGAUAUUGGGUUAAAACGAAAUUGAGUUCUUGAGAUGAAUUAAUCUCGUUUCGUCCAAGAAGAAGAAGAAGAAGAAGAAGAAGAAGGAAUUUGGAUUUGUAUAUUUUGAUUUUUACUUGUCUUGUAAUCUGUAUAUUUAUUUCAAUUCAAUUAUUACAAUUAAUUCAUACGUCUUUUUUCCAAGUUCA